CAAAAUGGCGAUCUUUCUGUCACACUUGUUGCCAUGUGUUUGCUGGUGAUUUUAAUUUUAUAUAAAGUAAAUUUUACUUUUUCAAUAUAGUAUAAACGAUGGAAGUUGAAAAAUAAUUUUUAAGAAAAGUACACAAUAUAAUAUUUGUAAAAUUCCCGAAGUGUGCUGUAACAUUUAAUACAAGAUGACGGAAUUGAAUGGUAGUAGAGACCCAGUUUCCGAGGAGAAAAAAUCAGACUUUUGGACAGAUGUUUUGGGCUCUCCAAAGUACGUGGUUGCACCAAUGGUAGACGCUAGUGAAUUAGCUUGGAGGCUACUUAGUAGACGACAUGGAGCUCAACUUUGUUACACACCUAUGUUGCAUUCUUCUGUUUUUUGUCGGGAUUCAAAAUACAGAAAAGAUGCUCUUGCUAGUACUACGGAAGAUCGUCCAUUGAUAGUUCAAUUUUGUGGUAAUGAUCCAAAAAUAUUACUUGAAGCAGCGCUUUUAGCAGAACCAUAUUGCGAUGCCAUCGAUAUAAAUAUUGGCUGUCCUCAAGCUAUAGCCAAACGUGGACAUUACGGGGCUUUUUUACAAGAUGAUUGGGAUUUAUUAGAAAGAAUAGUUAGCACAUUGAGUAAAAGCCUUCAUAUUCCUGUGACUUGUAAAUUAAGAGUAUUUACUGACGUGGACAAAACUAUUGCUUACGCACAAAUGUUAGAAAAAGCAGGAGCAAGUCUUCUCACAGUACAUGGCCGUACAAGAGAACAAAAAGGACCACUCACAGGCUUAGCAUCAUGGGAUCACAUUCGUGUAGUUCGGGAGAACGUAAAAGUUCCGGUCAUCGCUAACGGCAAUAUACAGUGCGUACAAGACGUUGAAAAGUGCAUUAAUGAAACGGGAGUCCAAGGUGUAAUGUCAGCUGAAGGAAAUCUCUAUAAUCCACUUAUUUUUGAAGGAUGUUACCCACCCAGCUGGGAACCAGCAUCAGAGUACUUAAAUCUUGUGGAACAGCAUCCCGCACCUUCCUCCUACAUUCGUGGUCACUUGUUUAAGAUGUUUCAACGCACCCUUUGUCUUACAGAAAAUGAAGAAGCACGAGCACUGUUGGCUGAAAAUUCUACUAUGGAGUCUUUCAGGCGGGUCGUGGAAUUGUUAAAGGAACGGUACCUCCCUUAUCAUGAAGGCCGAUUGUCUUGGCCUGAAGAAAGAUCAGAUUAUGAUCUCGUUUUGCCGCCGUGGUUGUGUCAACCCUACGUUCGAGAUUCGCCAGAAGUGCAUCAAAAUAAAGUUGAAGCUAAGAAAAUGGAAUUGGAGAAUGGAGCAAAAAGAGAAUUUAAGGACGAAGAAGGAAACAUGGUAUCGCGCAAACGUAUGAAAAAAUUAAGAAGAAUUACCCGUCGUCCGAAUAAUAAUACACCACCUCUUAGACGAGGAAAACUCUUGUGCGGCGAUUGUCCGAAUCCUCUGGGCUUUAAAUGCGAGUAUCAACUUUGCCGCCAGUGCUGCAGAAGUAAGUGCUUUAAAGACAAUUUGGAUUGUGUCGGACAUAGAAAUUUGACGAAAACAAGAAGAAAAAUGGCAAUUGAUUUUGCCAAGCAACGGGAGAAUUCCGAAAAUUUGAUGUGAUUAUUCACUCAAUAGUAUGUAAAUAAAUGAAAUAAACAAAUUUAAAAAAAAAA